CCUCUGCGUUACCAUGACAGCGGCUGUUGGGAGCAGGCUGGCCGUCCUCGCAGGUUGUUUGUGCAGCUCUUGUGUCUCUAAGUGGUCCUCUGAAGAGCGGCCAGGAAAGUGGCUCAGAAGAGCUGAGCCAUUCAGCAGCAUGCAGCAGUCGACAGGCGACGCCCCGACCACGCCCAAGUACACCAAGGAGCACAGGGACCUCUUCUUCCCCGCCGCCCUGCCAGCUCCCGUCCUGCUCACCCACCCCGUCUGCCACCCGCCGCCCGCCCACGACGGCCAGGCCAGGGGGGCCUGCGAGCCCCUCAGCAAGGUGGCCCGACCCCAGAGCUCAGGCUUCCACCACGAUCAGCCGCAGCAGAGGAGAGCAGCCGCCGCCGCCGCCACGGCCUUCCUCCCACCGGCAGAGGAGCGGGAGGAGCCCACAGAGGGGCUGCUGUACCGCCAGCAGGAGUCCCACCUCUGUCACCAGAUGAAACUGGCCACCGUCUCCCAGGGCCAGGAACCUUCGGCGGCCUGGUUUCAGGAGGAAGCGGCAACAUGUAGCACCACGCAACCUUGUUCAGACCAGCCGCAGUACGCCAGCAGCGAGCAGUCCAAGCUUCCAGACCCCAGCCGGAUCCGCGCCCGCGCCCCGGCGAACAUGCCAAAGCUCUUCAUCCCUUCCACCGUCACCAAGUUCCCCCCGGAGAUCACGGUAACGCCCCCCACCCCCACGCUGCUCUCCCCUAAAGGCAGCAUCUCGGAGGAAACCAAGCAGCGACUGAAGAACGUCAUCCUGUCAUCCCAGUCCGCUGCCACGGUGAAGAAGGACACGCUGACCCAGCCGGUGCUGGAGGUGCAGGAGACGUCCAGCCAGGAGUCGUCUCUGGAGAGCGAGUCGGACGAGGAGGACGACUACAUGGACAUCUGAGCCUGAAACUCAGAUUAGGGUUCAACUUUUCGAAAAAAAAAAAAAAAGUAUAAUAAUAAUUGAUUCCUGAGCAGCUGUCUGUGUUGAUGCUUUGAUUCCCUCACGUGCCAUACAGGAAAAAAAAAAAAAAAAUCUCCACUCCAAACGGAUGAAAUGCAGUAUUCUAAGCGGCUGCGUGGUUGCUACGGUUGCAAGGAGUGUGUCGGCGCAUGACGGACUUUGAAGGCUUUUUGUCCCGCAGCAUGCCUGAAACGUGCCACUAAUGCAUAUCACACGUCAAGCUUCUUCAGCUCUCUUGCUUUACAUCCGACCCAAAAAAAAAAAAGAGAGAAAGGAAAAACAGUUUGCCUUUAACGGCCACCAGCGACAUUUUUAUGCAUCUUUACUACGUCGUGUGCAGAUUUUUAGUUUAUUUUUUCCUCUCUCUGAGCUGCAGCUAAUCGCUCGUCUUGAGCACUUUCCUGUCGCCGUUUACUGCGCCGUGACAUUCUGGUCUCGACGCGUUGCUACACGAUGCAUUUGGGUGAAACCGGGAGGGAGGACGGGGCUGGCGGGCGGCCGGCCGGUCACGCUCCGGCUCCGUCCGUGGAGCCAGCGAUCCGCGAAGCCUCAUAACCUGUAGCAGACUGAAAAUGUUUACACUGAACACUUGGGAUGCUUCUCAGUUGGCACUUAAAUUUGUGUUUUUCGUGUUUAUUAUUCUGUCUCUUUUGUGCGCAUUUGUAGCUACGAAAACACUUCUCGCCAGGAUGACGUCCUGCCACCAGCACUGAUCCGAAUAACGAGAGGAAUUAGCUUUUGUACAAAACAAGAAGAAAAAAAACCCGGAAUCUUUUGAAUGUUUGUUGGAUUGAGCUGGCGGGAGGAAGGUGCCGCAAACUCUACCCGACGUCGGAGGAACCGAUGCGCACGACGACGAGGACUCUCCAAUCUUGAUGCCUUUCCACUGAACUCACUUAAGGACAGUUUGUCACAUUUCUUUGCCUAAACUCAGAGGAAGACACACCGAAUGUUUUUUACAGAUAGUUUUCUAUAAAUAAAAAAAAAGAGAGAGAAAGACUUCUUAUGUUUCUUGAAAGCCACGUGUGGUCGUUUUUAAAAGAAAAGGGCACAAAUAAAUUAACUGUUCCCACUGUAAUAAAGAUGAAAAAAAAUAUCCCUGCUUUGUUAUAUUUGUUUGUUUUUGGGGGUUGUUGUGACGGGUAUUGGGGGAAUGUAUGUGAAGUCUGUUAAAGUCCUGAGAUCGCUCCGACAGAACAUGUUCUCUACGUCUGGACUGAAUGCAUUAUUGAUGUCAAACCAAAUAUAUAUAUAUUUGAAAAAA